ACGAUCAGAAGACAGAACAGAGUGAACUUCACACAGAGACACUCCCAGACUUUUCACUUUCACAUUUGCACUUUCACUUACAACAGCAUUUGUAAAAACAUUACAACUGCCACAAUGUGGAAGGCACUGAAAAACUUUUUCAACUUUUCCAAGAAAAAGGAAAGUUGUACUGGUGAAACCAGCAGCAGCAGCAGCGUCUCUUGGGGCUACGAGCUCAGGGACAGAGACCUGGGGAAGAUCCACAAGGCGGCAGCACAGAGGGAUUUGGUCAGAAUAGAAAAACUUCUUACCAAAAAGAGGCGACGCAUCAAUAAGCAGGAUAAGAAACAGAGAAGUGCUCUGCAUAUCGCGUGUGCUCUUGGAUACAACGACGUGGUACAGUUACUUUUAGGAGUAAAUGCAGAUCUGAACCUUCGCGAUGAUAAAAAUCAAUCGGCCUUAAUGAAGGCGGUGCAGGGAGGACAUUGGACCUGUGUCCACAUGCUCCUGCAGAACUGUGCAGAUCUCACCCUGCGGGACAGUGAGGGAGACACAGCGCUGCACAUGGCAGCGGGCACCUCGUGUGUGUCCAUAGCUCAACUGCUCCUGGAGCGCGGGGCUCAGAUAAAUGUCCUUAAUGGCCGUGGUCUUACCCCUCUGAGUGUGGCGCUCCGCCUGGACCACACUGACAUGGUGAAGUUUCUUCGAAAGAACGGAGCAAAUGCCAGAGUCCGGAAAUAUAAACCAUAUACUCAUCUGGAGUUACAAAAUGAGGAGAGUCGUCAGAAUGAUACAAUGAUGUGCGACGAGUUUAAAGAAAAGCUUCAGAGGAAGGAGGAGCAGCUUGAACACGAGAGACAAGAAAAACUGAAGAUGGAAGUGAGACAACAAAAGCUGGAGCUCGAGAUGAAAACCAUGAUGGACAUGAUGAAACAGCAAGAGGAGGCCCACCGUGAGACUCUGAGGCUUCUGGAGCAGGAGCACAGUGCACGAGCUCUUCAGGAAGAACACCUCAUCUCACUGAGAGAAGAUCUUCAGCGCUCACAGGCAAACAGCAGCCUCAAAGAGACACGCCUUUUACAAGAAAACAAGGCCCUUAAAAAGCAUCUGGAAGAAGCUCUCAGUGAAAUCACAGUGAUAAUUGAAUCCCUGGAGCAGCAGCGCAGUGCACGAGAAAAAGAGAUUCAGGAGGCGGCUAAGAGCAGGGCUCUUUUAGAUUUUGAUGGGUAG